UGAUCAGUAAAAAAAAUAUAAAAAAAUGGAAUUUUGAAACUCGCCCAUUAUAAAUUAACUGUUAUCUCAUGAUACCCAUCUUCUACCUUCGUCUAGUUUGCCUUCCAUUGCCACCCUUCUUUCUUUCUCUCUCUAACUAGUGACUUCUUCAUUAAUUUUCUGCAUCAAAUUUGCUGUGAAACGGAAAGUAUGUUGUUUCCUCGAGUUCAGACGAGUAGGGGCGAAUUGAGGAUUCAUGAGAGUUUAGAUGAUCUUAGCACUGACUUAGUGGAAUAUAUCUCUGAAUUAUCAGAAAAAUCAGUAAAAGAGCGGGGAGUUUUCACCAUUGCUUUAUCUGGUGGUUCUUUCCUUGGCUUAUUGGGAAAACUCGCUGGAACUCCUUAUGACAAGACUAUUGACUGGUUUAAGUGGUAUAUAUUUUGGGUUGAUGAGCACGUUGUAGCGAAGAGCCAUGCCUAUAGCAACUAUAAGCUAGCCAAGGAUGAACUCUUAAACAAGCUGCCAGUGCUUUCUAGCCGUGUGCACUCCAUCAAUGAUUCCUUAUCCGCAGAGGACGCUGCAAGUGAGUAUGAAUUCGGAAUCCGACAGCUAGUAAAAACUCGGCUGAUCAACGCGUCUGGCACGACUGAUUGCCCCAAGUUCGACCUCAUCCUUCUUGGAAUGGGCCCUGAUGGACACAUAGCUUCACUCUUUCCUGAUCACUCUGCAUUGGGUGUAAAAGCUGAAUGGAUUACUUUCAUCACUGACUCUCCCGAGCCUCCACCUGAGAGGAUCACUUUUACAUUGCCCGUCAUCAAUUCAGCAUCCAAUGUGGCCAUAGUAGUGACAGGCAGUGAGAAAGCAGAGGCUGUACACCUGGCAAUUGAUGCGGAUGCUGUGGGACCCAAUUCAUCGGUAUUGCCAGCAAGGAUGGUACAGCCACAUAAGGGGAAGUUGGUAUGGUUUUUGGACAAGCAAGCUGCCUUCAAACUUAAUGACGUUCAAGUUUCCGAGUAGGAUUUUAGCCCGUUAGCGCCCUUAUCACUAACGUAUGAUAUCGACUCUUUCUUUUAGGAUGGUUUGUUUUGUGAAUAGGCAGGAAACUUGGAAGGUUUUACAGUGGGUAAUUGCCCUUAGGGUCCCUUUUUGCUGAGUUAGAUGGAUCUCUUUUGUCAACAUUGGUGUACAUGUUGCUGCAAAUUUGUCAACAUUUGUUCUUAGAAAAAUUGUAGUGUCUACUUUGACAAGUAAUUUUAGUUUCUUACUGUCU